GUGUUUCCGGUUGAAAGUGCGGCUCUAAACCGGAAACCCACACGGAUUCCACAGCUGACAGGUAGAGGACUUGGGUGAGCGCUCGGUGACGUUGACAGUUCUGGAUGCAGACCGCCAGGCCCCUGGUGGAGGUGGUCCGUUUGGGCCUGGUGUCCUAUCAGGAGGGUCUGAGGCUGCAGCAGGUCUACACUGACCGGCACCGGUCCGGUCCGGCCCAUACGCUGCUGCUCUGCCAGCACUUGCCAGUCUACACCACUGGGAUCCGGCACAAACUGUACCCGGGUCCAGUACUGGACCGGCUCCGGCUGCUUGGGGCCGACGUCCACCACGCCAACAGAGGAGGACUCAUCACCUUCCAUGGACCGGGCCAGCUGGUCUGCUACCCGGUGCUGAACCUGGGGAGCUUUAAGAAGAGCGUCCGUUGGUACGUGGGCCAGCUGGAGAAGACGGUCAUCGCGCUGUGCGGCAGGUUUGGCGUGGAAGCAGCGACGUCUCCUCACACGGGAGUCUGGGUCGGAGACAACAAGAUCUGCGCCAUCGGAAUCCACUGCGGCCGCUACGUCACGUCUCACGGCUUGGCUCUGAACUGCAACACGGACCUGUCGUGGUUCGACCACAUCGUGCCGUGUGGGAUCGAAGGCAAAGGCGUGACGUCGCUGAGCAGAGAGCUGCAGAGAGACGUCGGCGUGGAGGAAGCCGUCCCUCACCUGCUGGACGCCUUCAGGGAGCAGCUCAGCUGCCGGCUGACGGAGGCAGAAACUCCAGAACCCGACCGGAACGGCGGCGCGUCGUCUGCGUAGAAACUGUUUCACUCAUCAUGAUGCCUUUUUUCUCCUCCACUGACAACAAAACAUUUUUAAGAAUCAGGAACACUAAAGCUGUGAAUUAUUUCUCCGUUGUGUUUUUGAUAUAAAAUAAAGAUCAAAGUGAUCAGACGAUGA